UCGUCGUAAUGUGGUUGAGAUGAAAAAAUAAGAAAAAUAUAAAAAAUCUAGAUAAAAAGUGCUGAUACAGUUUUGAAAAAUGUCUCUAUUUAAUGUUUGCAAUUGGUGGUCAACACAAUGUUCUGAUUUGGAAGAGAAUUAUGAUGUGGCCAGUCUGUUGUGUGCUCGUUUUGGUUUGGAAGAACAAGAAAAGGAUUAUAUUAUCGUGGGCUCUCAUACUGGUCAUUUAAGUAUAUUCUAUCCCAGUUAUGAAGUAGAUGCCAAUGGCAACACUCCUGCAUAUAAGCCAACAGAUUUGUUAUUGGAAAUAUUUACCGAAGCUCCCAUAUUGGGGGUCUAUGCUGGUAGAUUUAGUGCCAACAAUCGCAAAGAGAACACAAAUCAAUUGGCUGUUUUACAUCCCAACUCAUUGGUCAUUUAUAAUGUGGUUCAUGUCGGCGGUGUGGCCGAACAUGGUGCUCAACUAAGCCUACAACCAUUGAUGGAGUAUCGUUUUCAUCGCACGGCAUUUUCAUUUUGCAAAGGUCACUUUGGCAAAGUCAAAGGCCGUGAAUUCUUUUGUGUUGUUCAUUUGGAUGGUUCGUUGACAUUUUAUGAACAGGAUGGAAUUUCGUAUGAAUGCAAAUUUCCUGGUCAUCGGGCCUUACCCACACCCAUUGUGUAUUGUGAGAGAACAGAUAGUUUUUUUCGUCUAGCUUCGGCUUGGAAUUUAGAAUGUUAUAC